AUGACUUGGUUGGAUUUUGUGGGAGAGUUCAACGCCAAGUAUUUUCCGCAGGAGGCACUUGAUCGUAUGGAGGCACGGUUCUUGGGUUUGACUCAGGGGAACCGUACCGUGAGGGAGCUGGACGCAGAGUUCAGUCGGCUUGUGGGAUUUGCAGGUCGGGCUUUGGAGCCAGAGUCGGCUCAGGUGCGGAGAUUCUUGUUGGCUCCGCAGGAUGACUUGAGGACUCGGUGUAGAGUGAGGAGCUAUCCUACAAGAGCAGAGCUGGUAGAGACUACAGGUUGGAUAGAGGAUGACUUGAGUUCACAGGUUGUGGUGGUCAGUCCUCCAGUGCAGCCAAAGCAGACUCAGCCGCCUUCUACUUCUGGAAAGGGCGGUAAGCCUCCACAAGGGCAGAAGAGGAAGUUCGAUGUUAUGCAGAGGUCAGGGUUCAGUGGUGCGGGAUGCUUUGGGUGUGGGAGUCUAGAGCAAAGGGUGGCGAGUUGUCCACACAGAGUCAUGAGUGCAGCAGGCGGGGCAGACAGUGUUGCCUUUGCUAAUGGCACCGCGUGUGUACACGACAGGUUCUUAGUGCAUAAGGUGUGUGUAGGGACCUUAUUGGUGGGAGGAUUUCCGUCUCAUGUGUUGUUUGACUCUGGAGCUACUCAUUGCUUCGUUACCCUAGAGUGUGCCGAGAGGGGCAACAUUCGUGGAGAUCCCAGGGAGCGGUUCAGGACCAUGAAGGUUGCUGGAGGCGGGAUGUUACAGGUAUAUGGAUGGGCGAGAGAUGUAGAUAUACAGGUGGCGGGAGAGUCGAUGCUGGCAGAUCUGGUCAUAAGUCCAGUGGAGCUGUAUGAUGUGAUUUUCGGCAUGGAGUGGUUGCACCUGUAUAGAGUACAUCUAGAUUGCCAUCGGGGUAAAGUUGGGUUUGAUAGGCUCGAGGCGAAGAGCAGAGAAGAUGAUCUGAAAGAGACGGGAGGCAUAUUUGGCUACGAUUUCGAUGCUGGAGUUUGUGGGGUAGGUUGGUGUUGGUGA